UAUUAGAAAAAAAUAACAGCAUUUUGUGAUGUAUUUAUAAUUUAAGAUCAUAAAAGAAACAGUUGCUAUGAACACAGUGCAUUUGUUCAAUUGGCUUGAAAGACUUUUUAAAUUUAGUAUUAAUAUGGUUGUAUUGUUAACUGGUUUUCAUUACAAUUGUAAAAUCUUUGUUUAAUACUAUUAAUAAAGUUAUAAUACCAAAAGUUUAUUUAUAAGAAACAGUAUGUCUAAAUUAAACUGCAAUAUUUCUAAUGUGAAAACAGAAAAUAAUGAAGAGAAUUUAUCUUGUAUUGGACAAAAGCAGAACUUAUAUUCAACUCCAAAUUUUGAUAAUAAAAACAGUAAAAAAUUACGGAUAAAAAGGUAUUCUCCGAUAAAAAGCAGUCCUGAAUCGAUUAGUAUGAUGAUUUUUAUUGCUAGACCGGACAUUUUACCAAUUAGUGCAAAUUUUACUACUGAGAAAGUAAAAAAUAAAAUAACUCUAGACAUGAUUCGUGAUAAUAUCUCCAUUCCUAUUGAAGUUUCAAGUCUUCAAGAUGAUGACGAAAGUUCUGUUAUGCUGCAUCACCAUAGUGAACACAAUAAUGGAAGUUUGUUAGAUUUUUUCUCAGUUACUGUAAAUGAGGCAGAGGAUAUUCCUAUUGAAGUAAUAAAAAAUUCUGGUAAACAAUCAUUAGAAAUCGAUUUUACAUCCAAGAUUACAGAAGAAGAAAAAGAUCCUAUUGUUGUUUUGGAAAAAUCAUUAUCUAAGUACGAUUUUACCUGUCCACGACAAGACUGUAAGGAGAAGUUUUUACGAUUAUCUCGGUUGUUUACUCACAUGGAAAACUGCAUUGAUAAAGUUUUAUUAGCAGAUAUGAAGUCAACACUUAUUAAAUGUCCUGAAUGUCAACACAAAUUUUGUUUGAAAGACCUUCUGUCACAUUUUUCGAAGAAACACCUUCUGCUCAAUUGGUAUUUCGGUCAAGUAGACCAAGGUAAUUGGGCUAUAUGUCAAAAUUACAAAUGUGGAAAGUACAUGGAUCAAGUGGAUGACAUUGUUGAACAUUUCCGCUCAUGUGACUAUUUAUGGCAGUGUAAACAUUGUUUUAUUGAAUUUCAAUCAGAAUAUAAAGUUCGAAAGCAUUGCUGUCAGCCAACCCAAAAAGAAUAUCCUGAACCAAAAAAGUCAAACAAAAUAGAACAAGACCCUUGCAAAAAUAAAUACUUAGCUGCUAAAAUAAAAGCACUACAAGCUAAGCUAGGCAAAAAAAAGUACAAAAAAUUAAAUAAAUCAACUGAGGUAGUUAUAAAAAAAGAAUCUAACAAAUCAUUAGACAUUUCAUUAAAUAAAGAACAAUCAUCUGAAGUUUUUUCUAAAGCAUCAGAUAUAUGUGAAGUUUCUACGAAUACUGAAACUAAUCAAUCAUAUGAAGUUUCUGUUAAUGAAAAAUCCAAUGAACUUAAUCAAGAUUGCACUGAAUUAAUUAACAUCAAAAAAUCAUAUGUUUUAAACAAUCAACAACAUACUAAAAAGCCAAAAAAAAAAGAAAUAAACACAUUCAAUAAAACUAUUAGUAAAAUUGAGGAUGAACAUAUCUGCACGAAUAAUUUAGUUGAAAUAAACAAUAUAUUACCAAAAGAAAUUUCAUCGGAAUUUAUUGGUCAAAUAAGCCAUAACCAUACAAAUAAUUUAAAAGACAUAAAUAAUGUAAUCGAAAAAGAACCUUCAUUUGAAAUUGUUGUGAAAAAUAAAAAUUUUAAAAAGAAAAAAGAAAAAUCAACAAUUUCUUGUGACACACAGGAUGACUUAUCACGUUCUAAGACAUACACUCUUGAUUUGGAUAACUGGUCUAAACAAUUUCUAGAGUUUAAUGUUGUAUGCCCCAUUAUUGGUUGCAAUGGCAGCUUUUUUUUACCAUGGCAGUUAUUUAAACAUUUAAAAACAAAAUGCCUAAUGACUCCCAGUUUAAAAGAUGCAACUGCAAUUACAGAUCAACUUGAAAGUAUGAAAUUUCCUUGCUUGAUUUCAUCUUGUAAGAAGUAUAAUGAAGUAUUUUUACUUCAAGAUUUCUGUUCCCAUUACAGAACUAUCCAUAUGAUUCUUUUUAAAUUGUUAUAUCAUGUGUCACGCGGAACUGCUCAGUGUUUUAACUACAAGUGUGGAGCCAAGAUUCAAACCUCAAAAGAAGCACUUCUACAUUAUGAGCGGUGCAAAUUUUUAUGGAAAUGUGGAUCAUGUUCAAAUGAGUAUCAGAGUUUAAACUCUUCAAGAAAUCACCUUUGCAAUAAAAAAGUUGAUUUGAAGGAUCCACUACUGUGUUUAGAUGGCAAGCGUAAAAAAAGAAAAUCUGCAACAGUUGCAAUCAGUAAACUUGCUGAAAUAGCUGAAACUAAGAAAAGAAAGCAUAAUUCAGAUGAUGGUGAUGAUUAUGUUGUGGAUGAUUGCAUUGGAGAAGAUGAUGAUUUUGUUGCUUCAUCUGCGUCUUCAGAUGUUGAAGAAUUUGUUGAAAAUGAACUCGAAGACUGUAACGAAGUAAUAAGAACACGAGGUGAUAAAAGUAAUUUGAAGCUGGUUUACAAAGACAAUGCUUUUUAUGAAAUAUGGUUAAAGGAGAACAUGUCUGAUGAUGUCCUUUUUCCGGAAUGGCUCCCGAGAUCAGACUGUUUGAAAGUUAUCCCUGAUAGUGAAUACAAUCAACAUUUACCAUCGUUUUCAAAUAUUCGCAAUAUUGAAGUGGAGUAUUUUACAGAUACAAAGAAAACUUCAACAAAAGAAUUCCAUUCUGCUGAAUUAUUUAAAUCGUUUCCUAAACUGAAAGGCUCUGAUACUCUUGGUUUUAAUGCUGGAGGGCCUGUCUGGGGCCUCUCAUGGUGUCCUUCAAAAGCUGAGGAUGAUCAAAUUUUGGCAGUUUCAACCCAUAGAACACAUUCAGAGCACUACACCAUUGUUAAUAUGGCUGCUACACCAGGAUGUAUUCAAAUAUGGAAUAUAGGAAAACUUAACCAAAAUAUAUCAUCAUUGCCGCGUUUAAGUAUCUGCAUUUGCCAUUCAUAUGGUCCUAUAUACAGCAUGGAAUGGUGUCCCUCUGGCUGUUAUACUGUAGUUGAUGAAGUAAAGCGAUUUGGUCUUUUAGCUGUUGGAUGUGGAGAUGGUAAAGUUAGAAUUUUAAGUAUACCAGAUCCUUCUAGUCUUAUACAUAAUGAACCAAUCUUUGCUAAUCUUGAACCUGUUAUCACUUUGCUUCCUCAAAAGUUAGAUGCAAUUGAGCAAAUAAAAACUGGACUAACAUUGUGUGUUUCUUGGUUACCAUCUAGUGGACACUCUAAAUUAGCAGCAGGUUAUGGGGAUGGUGGUUUGAGAAUAUGGGAUUUAAAAACAUCAUCAAUAUUUCUUAAAACAGACGAUCAAGGAAAACCAGCUCUUCUACCUUUCCGAUAUAUUGAUGCCCAUUCUUACUCAUUGAGAGCAGUGGCUUGGUGCCCUUAUAAUACAAAUAUCAUUGCAACAGGAUCUGGUGACAAGCAUUUAAAAAUAUUUGAUAUUAACAAUCCAUAUUUACCAGUGUAUUGCUCAAAACGAGAAUCAAUAUUUCACCUUGAAUGGCCAAAAAAUAGGAUCGGGUUGUUUGUGUCUUCUGAUACCUGUUUUAAUGUUUUACCAGGAUCUGCUCGAUAUUUAGUUCUUGAAUAUUUUUUUAAUUUGCAAAAGUGCGAGGCUGAUUCAAUUCAUUUAACAACUCGACACAAUGCUGCUGUUUUAAGUUGUUCUUAUAACAAUCGUCUGGAUUUAUUAGCUACUUGUGAUAUAGCUGGUGAAGUUGUAGUUUCAAAAGAUCAAGAUAAAGCUUGUAGUAAAUCUGCAACUGCUAUUCGUAAAAUUGAGCCUGUCUAUCGUGUUGAGUGUACCACAGAGAAAUUCAGCGAUGAAGUAAUUAUUGACAGUCCAAAUGAAGUAACAGAUAAAUAUAUUGAAUCAUUGGAUAUUGCUGAUUUAUACUACAAAUUAGGACCAAAGUUUGAACAAGAAUUUCAAAUCACACAAUUCAAAUUUAUUGACUCAAAUAAGUUUGAAUUCAGUCAAAAUCGAAUGACAAAUGAUCCAGAUGUUUUGAGAGUUUCAAAAUAUGAUAAUAUGGCUGCUACAGUUUUGGAGAAAAUUGAAAAGCGUGCUGUUCAAAGGAUACAAUGGAAUCCUAAUGAGGGGUGUAACACUUGGCUUGCAUCAGGAACUCGAAUGGGUGUUGUUCGUCUUCACAAUUUCAAAGCAUGGGCAUCAAAUUAAGAUAUAUAUUUAUGAAACAUAUUUAUAUUGCUUUUGUACAUUUUGUUUUAUUAAAAAUAAAAAUUUCUAUGAAAAUAGAAUUGUCUAA